AUGUCAAUUCUUCUUUUCUCUGGUUCUAUUUGUUUUUUUAAAAUCAUUUACAUCCAGAUUUUCUUUAUUUGUUCCUACAAUCUUUCUUUCUUUAUUUCUUUCUUUCUUUCUUUCUUUAUUUCGAUACUCACUAGUUCUUUCUUUCUUUCUUUCUUUCUUUCUUUCUUUCUUUCCAUGUUAUUCUUACUUUCGUUGUACACUAUUUCUUUCGGCACCUUCUUUUUCUAUCUAAACUAUUUCUUUCUUUCUUUCUUUCUUUCUUUCUUUCUUUCUUUCUUUCUUUCUGUCUUUCUUUCUACACUCUUUAUUUCGAUACUCGUUUUUUGUUUUUCUUUCUUUCUACACUUUUUCUUUCUAGACUCGUUCUUUCUUUCUUUCUUUCUUUCUUUCUUUUUUCUUUCUAUACUUUUCUUCCUUUCUUUCUUUCAUUCUUUCUUUCUACAACUCUUUCUUUCUUUCUUUUUCUUUCCUUCUUUUUUCUUUCUACAAUCUUUAUUUCUAUACUCUUUCUUUCUUUUUUAUUUCUUUCUUUCUUUUUUUCUUUCUUUCUUUCUUUCUUUCUAUACACUUUUUCUUUUUCUUUCUUUCUACAAUCUUUCUUUUUUUUUCUACAUUCUUUCUUUCUACACUCUUUAUUUCUAUACUCUUUUUCUGUUUUCUUUCUUUCUACACUUUGCCUUCUUUCUUUCUUUCUUUCUUUCUUUCUUUCUUUCUUUCUUUCUUUCUUUCUUUCAACACUCCGUCGUGGCCUAUCGUAAAAACAAUAUAUCUAUCUAUCUAUCUAUCUAUCUAUCUAUCUAUCUAUCUAUCUAUCUAUCUAUCUAUCUAUCACAGUCUGUCCAUUAUCUAUCUAUCUAUCUAUCUAUCUAUCUAUCUAUCUAUCUAUCUAUCUAUCUAUCACAGUCUUUCCAUUAUCUAUCUAUCUAUCUAUCUAUCUAUCUAUCUAUCUAUCUAUCUAUCUAUCUAUCUAUCUAUCACAGUCUUUUCAUUAUCUAUCUAUCUAUCUAUCUAUCUAUCUAUCUAUCUAUCUAUCUAUCUAUCUAUCUAAUUGUCUAUGCGUCCGAUUUUCUCUCUUUCUCUCUCUGUCCUUCCUUUUUAUAUAGCUCUCCAUCUCUGUCUCCUUCACCUUCUGUGUGUGUGUGUGUCUCUUUCUAUUUGCUCUUCCUUCCUUCCUUCCUUCCUUCCUUCCUUCCUUCCUUCCUAUCUAUCUAUCUAUCUAUCUAUCUAUCUAUCUAUCUAUCUAUCUAUCUAUCUAUCUAUCUAUCUCUUUCUUCGUGGUCUUUUUUCGCAUAUGUGUAUACCUCUUUAUUUUUGUCCUUCCUUCUUUCCUAUCUAUCUAUCUAUCUAUCUAUCUAUCUAUCUAUCUAUCUAUCUAUCUAUGACAUGAUGGCCAUUAUCUAUCUAUCUAUCUAUCUAUCUAUCUAUCUAUCUAUCUAUCUAUCUAUCUAUCCCAAUCUGUUCAUCAGUAUCUAUCUAUCUAUCUAUCUAUCUAUCUAUCUAUCUAUCUAUCUAUCUAUCUAUCUAUCUCAAUCUGCUCAUCAGUAUCUAUCUAUCUAUCUAUCUAUCUAUCUAUCUAUCUAUCUAUCUAUCUAUCUAUCUAAUCGUCGUGUCUCUUUUGGUUUCUGUCUGUCUGUCUCUUGA